CGCCUGCUGUCAACUCAUUUACCAUUCAAAUGCAAAUAUCAUACCGGAAUAUGGAAUCAGAUCAUCGGGAAGAAUCUGACUCCUCAAGCGUGGAAUUUGAAGACCACAUCAAUAUUUCCCUUCUUCCCGACAAAAAACGUUACAGAAAGAACAGAUUCGGAGGCCCAAACUUUGCACUUAAAUUGAGGGAAAUGUUUGGAGGGAAAACGACGAUUUAUGGCGUCGUAACGGCUUUGUUGUUGAUUUCGGUGUUGCUCCUUCUUGUCUUGGCUCGGCCAUCUUCUUCUCAUGAAACUGUAAACAGUGACAGUAGGAAGAUUUCUCGGCAUGAUUUUGGACAGGCGAGGGACGCUGCUUUAGCGAAAAAAGAAGUGAAUGCUCAAGAGUCGAACUCAUUACGACUACCGAGACACAUAUCACCGAUCGAAUAUCUUGUGUAUUUGCAUCCUAAUCUGACAACUUUUCAGGUCUCGGGGAAGGUUGACGUUCUUCUCUAUUGUAAUGAAGCGGCCAACAAUAUUACCCUCCAUGUUGGAAAUAACAUUAGUUACUUCAACGUGGCGGUAGGAGAAGUUGCAGAUUUGAACAACCCGGAUAGCAACGUAGUUCCAAUAGAAGUGACGGGUAUUUCUCGACUACAUGGUGAAAUGCUAUCUAUCACCCUGGGUUCUGAGCUUCAAGGAGGCAAAUUUUACUUUCUUAUCAUCGAGUUCAAUUCCGAGUUAAGCAGGGGACUUUCUGGAUUCUACUUGAGCAAAUAUACGACAAAAUCAGGUGAAGAAAGAUAUCUUGCUACCACUCAUUUUGAACCAACUGAUGCCAGAAAUGCCUUUCCUUGUUUUGAUGAACCUAACAUGAAAGCAAAGUUCUCUAUUGUCAUAACACGAGAGAAACGGCAUGUGGCAUUGGCAAACAUGCCAGUUCAGCACACUGAAGGGUGUGGUGAUGCUUCUGAGCUUUGCACCGACCACUUUCAAAAAAGUGUUAACAUGAGCACCUAUCUUGUGGCAUUUGUUGUCUGUGACUUUACAAACAUAUCAGAUGUUACUUCACGUGGUGUUAAGGUCAGUGUUUGGGCACCUACUGAACAAAUUGAGCAAGGACAGUUUGCUUUAGAGGUUGGGGUUAAGGUUCUAUCAUACUAUGAAACAAUCUUCAAUGUUGACUAUCCACUUCCAAAGCAAGACUUCAUUGCUGUUCCCGACUUUCCAACUGGAGCAAUGGAAAACUGGGGUCUAAUUACAUUCCGUUUGACCUCAAUCCUGUAUGACCCCAGCAAGUCAUCACACAGCAACAAACAAUGGGUCGCAGUGGUUGUGGCUCAUGAGUUGGCACACCAGUGGUUUGGUAACUUAGUUACAAUGGAGUGGUGGAAUGAUCUUUGGCUAAAUGAAGGAUUUGCCAGCUUUAUGGAAAAUGUUGGAGUAGACCAUAUCCACCCUGAAUGGAAAAUGAUGGAUCAGUUCUUUCUUGACAAAUUCCAAGUUUCAACUGCUUUGGACCAACUCACUAACUCUCACCCCAUCAUGGCUGAAGUGAAGGACCCUGCACAGAUUAAUUCUUUAUUUGAUUCAAUUUCUUAUGACAAGGGUGCAGCCAUUAUCAGGAUGUUGGAGGAUGUUCUUGGAAGAGAUGUUUUUUUCCAGGGAUUGCAACAUUACCUUCAGACGUACAAGUUUAGUAAUGCAGAGACAAAUGAUCUCUGGCGAUGCCUUACAGAACAAAUACAAAGUGGACAGCAUGGUGGGAGUGGACUUGAUGUCACAGAAAUGAUGACGACAUGGACAAGUCAAAUGGGCUUCCCUGUGAUGACAGUUAAGAAAGAUGGCAAUGACCCAAAGAUAGUUCAUGUAACACAGAAACACUUUCUUGUUCACGGUGACAUGCAGUCCCCUUCAGUUGAUGAAUUGCUUUGGGUAGUUCCCUUAACGUAUGUGACUGAGGUUUCAGAGCAGAGACAUGCUGUACUAAUAAAACACCGAUCUGAACAGAUUCGUUUACCUCAUGCAAUUAGUGGUAAUUCAUGGAUCAAAAUGAAUGCUGGACAAAGUGGAUUCUACCGCGUGAACUAUGAGAGUGAAAACUGGAACAAACUAAUUCAUCAGCUGAACACACAUCAUCAGAGACUGAGUGGUGCAGAUCGUGCAGGUUUGCUUGAUGAUGCUUUCAAUCUUGCUCGGAGCGGCAUGUUGUCUGAUGAAGUGGCCCUGAGUCUCACGCCAUAUCUUAAACAAGAAAGAGAAUACGUUCCAUGGAUGUCGGCGCUUAACAACAUGGCUUAUUUUGCUACUCAGUUUUCCACUUACGACACUCUGAAUGGAUCAACAGAAUAUUAUCCCAAAUAUAAGAGAUACAUCUUACAUCUUGUCAAAGACGUAGCUAAUGAGUUGGGCUGGGUAGAAGCCGUUACUGACCCACAUUUGAAGAGAUAUCUUCGCGGAACUGUGUUGCAUUUGGCCACCGAAUAUGAAGAUGUUCUUCCUCGGGAGGAGCGAACAAACACACCUUUAGCUUUGGAUUUGUUUGAUGGCUGGCUUGGUCACGGAGCAUCGAUCACACCCAACUUACGAAACAUAGUUUACUCCACGGGGGUUAAGUAUGCAGAUGAAGCAACUUGGGACGAAGUUUUCGGAAAAUUCGAAUCUGAGGCUGUUCCGUCGGAAAAAAGGAAAUUAAUGUACGCACUCACAAACAGCCGCAACAAAGAAAUUUUAAGCAGGCUGCUUACAUAUUCGCUGAAAAAAACCAAGAUUCGCUCUCAGGACACGGUAGCUGUCAUUAAUUCCGUAGCUCAUAAUCCAGAGGGGCGCCUAUUAGCGUGGAAGUUUGUGCAAGAUAACUAUGAAAAGCUGUAUCACAGAUAUGGUACGGGCUCGUUUGAUUUUAGUCGCUUGAUCAAGGCCACCACCGCUCAUUUCAACACAGAGGAAAUGAAAACCCAAGUGAAGAAAUUUUUUGAGAGUAAACGUGUUGGAUCUGGCAAACUGGCUGUAAAACAAAGCCUUGAAAGUAUAGACGCCAAUAUAAAAUGGAUUCGUGACCAUAGCGCUACAGUCGUUAGUUGGCUUGAUAGUUUCCCGUCAGUCACAGCAAGAAGGCACUUUCAGGCAACAUAUUAUGACGAGAUCUACAAAUAUGGCCGUCCUUAAUUCCAUUACGUAUUUUAAUUUCAUGCCACUCAGGACUGCAGUGAUACAGUGACUCUUGACGAAAGUUUGGUUUGUUUUCUGAAUUAUGUUGAUUUAUGAACUUCACAUGAAGUGGCUUGGAAAGAGACGUUGAACUUUUGAAAGUGCACACUUGAACAAAAAGGUUGGAAAAGCGUAAGUGUGAGAGAAAAUAACGGAAACAUUUCAUACUUUUAUUGGCCUUUCAUUGAAAAGAGAAGAAAUAGACUCAGUUAAACUCGUUGUGGGUAUUUCAUAAACCAAGACAGUGUUCAAUUGACAAUGUUGUAGUGUCCGUGUUUCACUGCAGUGAAAUGAAUCCCUUGGUAAUACGUUUAUAUUAAACGCAUUAUUAAGGGAAUGAACCUUUGUGAAAGGCAAGGUCACACACUGCAGGCUCUUAGGGACGGACCAAUAUUUUUUUUAAAUAGAGGG